UUAUUUCAUGGUGAACGAUUAAAAAUGGCAGCCCUUGAAGAUGUUGUUGCUCUCUAUCAGAAUUUAAAACGCGAAUGGACAAGAACACCAUGUAAUUUGAAAAAAUGUGGUGAAUUGCUCAACCAAUUAAAGAUCGGUCUCACUCACCUUGUGUUCCUCCCGACGUCAAGUAAUACGGCCAGUCAAAAUGAACUAUUAAUUGCGAGAGACAUAUUAGAAAUUGGAGCACAAUGGAGCAUCGCUAGCGAGGAUAUACCUUCCUUCGAGAGAUACAUGGCGCAACUAAAGUGUUAUUAUUUUGAUUAUAAAUCCGGCUUAAUAGAGUCUGCUUACAAAUAUCAACUUCUCGGUCUCAAUCUCUUGUUUCUGCUAUCGCAAAAUCGAGUUGCUGAAUUUCACACGGAAUUAGAACUCUUGCCAUCUGAUCAGAUACAGUCAAAUGUUUAUAUAAGGCAUCCCUUGAGUUUGGAGCAGUAUUUGAUGGAGGGCUCGUACAAUAAGAUUUUCUUGGCCAAAGGUAAUGUGCCUGCUGCAUCCUACAAUUUCUUCAUAGACAUUUUAUUAAACACUGUUCGUGAUGAGAUCGCUGCAUGCAUGGAAAGUGCAUAUGACAAGAUUUCCAUUCAAGAUGCUGCAAGAAUGCUUAAUUUAAGCACGGAGAAAGACAUAAAGGUCUUUGCCACCAAGAAGAACUGGAAUCUCUCAAAGGAUGGUUAUUUCUAUUUUACUAUGACUAGUGAGAAAAAAUCCGAGGAACCUAUCCCAAGUUCUGAAUUGGCAACACUUGCGAUAGACUAUGCCCGAGAGCUCGAAAUGAUUGUCUAACUUUCAUCAAAUUUAUUACUUUAUUUAUGCAACUUUUUCUUACAUGUGUAUCUUACUUGGCUAAAUAAACACAGAUGAUUCUGUACAAUAUAUAAUAAAAUUUUAUACAUAUACA